GCACAUCAGUUUAUUUUUCACAGCCGUAUGAACCAGUUAGAAUGAAAAGCCAUCAUAUACAUCACCAUGUGAACUGAGCGAAAAGAGAGAGGAGGGAGGAGUAAUGGACUGACUCAUGCUUUGGCCAGCACAAUUAUGGUCCACUGGGAUUGUGUGUGUUUAAAGGAAGGAAGGAAACAUCAAGUUCAAGGGAGGACUCCAACCAAAGCUGCAAGGCUGCAGUAAAGUUUGGAUUUGAGCACCAGCUGAAAGAUCCUGAACAUGUCUCAGCUACAGGAGGAGGGAGAGGAGGGGAAGAUAAAGAGGCCGGAGGUGAGGAAUGAGGACCUGAUUCAAGCAAGGGAUAAGCUGGCAUCCGGGACUCCGGUGAAGAGUAAGACCUUUGAAGUGAUGGAGGAAUGUGAACGUGUGGGGAAAGUCGCUCCAUCCGUGUUCAGUAAUGUUCGAUCCGGAGGAGAGACCGUCUUCAACAAACCCAGCAAAAAGUAGCAUGGAAAAUCAUUCAGAUUCACCUACUUUCAGAAUCUGUAUUCUAAGUGUUGAAGUAAAAGGUUGAAUAAAAAUGGUCAUGGUGUGA